AUGAGCGGUAUCCUGUCAGAGGAUGUCCUCUGCUUUGCGGAGGAUCAAUUUUCGGGUGAUGAGCUCGAGCUGUUGACGGAUCUGGCCGAGGGGCGACUGUGGAGAAUACCCAGACCUCCAAUGCCAUUCUCAUCACCCAGCCGUACUCCUCCUCCUAUACCGUUCCCGAUGUGCCGUCUGCUUCAUAUCACUGGCUGGGUCAACCCCAACGAGCUCGACCUGCCGUUCUUCGUCAGCCAGCCCAGCGAAGGCAAUCCCGAUUCUCGUCCAUUGCGGUUCUGGGUUUCAAUCAACGUGAAGCGGGACCGAGCCGAGCCGGCCGAAAUUGCACAGGCGUGCAUCCAGGCGAAGCUGCGUCGGCACGGCGGCCUGAUCGUAUCGAAGCGCUCGCAAGCGGAUGUCCUCGUAGUGAACCGAGAGACAGAAUUCUAUCGUACCGUCAAGAAGGAGAUUGCCGACAAGGGGCGGCAUUGGCAGACUACUGCUGAAAAGGAGUGGGUCGACGCGUGCAUCGCAGGCCGCGAGCUGCUGAGCGCGACCGACGUCGACCUCGGCCUGAAGACGCAGCGUUCGCCAAGCGUCGAGAGCGUUACGUCGGAGGAAGACGUUAGGAUCGGCAAGGGUCCCGGUCGGCCCGUAGGGAGGCCACGAAACGAGUACACGCCUCACGACGAUGACUUUCUCUGCCGCUUUCUGGCGGCUUACUAUCCGCAUGGCUCACAUGGCUCCCGCAAGACGUACCAGGACCUUGGAGCGGAACUCUUCACGACAGCGGCACACCACACGGCGCAGUCAUGGCAUGAACGCUUCAAGAAGAACAAAGCGAUCAUGUCACGUCGGAUAGCUCGUUUUCAAGCAGACGGCAUUGGGCUCGACCUGAGGACGGACGUUGAGCGGGAGCGCGACAAGGAGACUAAAAGGAGACUCGCACAGCAGAAGAUGCAGGCGCAGACGCAGCCCAGUACAUCGAGCCAAGCGAGCCCCAAGAAUGCGCGGCGGGCGUUCGUCGAGUUGGACGAUAGUGAUGACGCCGACAGGCCGGCGACGAAGCGUCAGAAAGCGUCGACUCAGACGGCAACUCAGUUGGCCCUCGGUCGUGGUCGGGCAGCUGUGCUCGGUGCAAGGCCAUCUCUGGGGCAGGCCGGCCCCUCGCAGCAAGCUCGCCGCUCUACAACGCCGGAGCGACCACAGCCUUCGACCUCACCAAGCCGAUUGCAGCCGACGGGGGAGACCGCUGCUAUCUCGCAAGGCUCUAAACAGUCCACAUCAGCGUCGGGAAGAGAGCCGCCAGAGCCAGCAAGAGGACAACCCGACACGGAAGAGUCUACCCAGGACUCUGCGUUCUCGCGAGCAAAUGUGUCUGCGGAUAUCGCCCUUGCGCCUCCGGAGGAGGAAGACGGCUCGGACGGCGAUGAGCAGCCAGCUGCGUCGGCAGCAGUAGCUCGGGUCGAGGUGGGAGAGAUUGAAGCGACAACGCAGCAAGUACCGAGCGCCGGGCAAGAUCCAGCAUCCUCAGGAGACAAUGCUGGACAGAAAGCCGUGCAGAAUGUGACUGCCUCAGUGUCUCAGCCUCCCUCCGCGCAGCAUACCCCGCGCACGGCCCCGGCGUCUCGGCCACACUCGCCAGCUGCCAUUGUACCCUCACCUUCCUCGAAACAGCCCGGCCCCUCGCAACCCGGGCCGUCGAGCACUCCAGCCUCCCCUCGGUCACACGAUCUACUCAACGCACCCCGAACGUCUACACCAGGUUCCAGUCGCAACGGCAGCCGCAAUGCGAGUCCAGCGUCGACUCCCUCGCAGCGAGUUGCGCGCGGUGCGGCGCUCGUGACUACCGCUCGCGAGACGUUCAAGCGCAACAUUAUGGCCUACAGCGAGAAGUAUGGGUGCACGCCGACAGAGCUGUACACGAUUGUGAAUGGGCUCGGUCGCAAGGGGGCCGGGAAGGGCGGGCAGAUGUACUGGGACGACGUUGAACGAGGAUUGCGCGACAAGUUCGGUUACUAG